AUGUGGCGGCCAUCGGUAAGCGUAUUGAAGAGAAGAUUUAGCAUAGAUGAAGACGAAGAUAACGAAGAAGUAGAAGAAGAAGCUAGACGAAGAAUGAGGACCCCCUCUCCGGUAAGAGAAGAUGUUGCUGAACUUAGGGGCAAGAUACAAGACAUUAAGAGCACGUUUGGUGCAAUUGGUACUCAUUCAAAAAGUAUCAUUCCCACUGCUCUCAAAAAUAUCUUGCAAAAACAUGAAUUUGCCGAUGCUGAGGAAAUACUGAACAUCGCUGAGACACCAAAAUCAAAGGCAGAGGCAGAUGCGUUCGUGGCGCUCGUCGGCGGUCGUUUCGUAGAAAGCAUCGCUGUUUCUAGUAAUGGUUCGUGGGCAUUCAUCACACAGGUCGAAGCCUAUCUGAGAGGCAGAAAAGAAAUAGAUGAUUGCGCAAACAACACGAUCACGAUUGAACACCCCUCAAAACCCAAGUUCAUAGUAGAACACAAGAGGGAGUAUCAGAAUCAAUGGCUCGAAGCCAAAAUCUACUUCAAAAACUUUGAGUUUUUGGUUACUGCUUGCCUUUGUGGUAACUAUAACGAUCAUGAUUUUGAUGCUUUUCUCGGUGCCUCUCUUGGCAAUCGUUUAGCUCUCAAUGAUUAUUGGAGAGUUUACGUUCCUCUCGCCUCCACACCAGUAGUCAGACAAUCCCGAUUGCUAAGAAAUUUCACAAAGAGAGCAAGUGGAUUCGAUUGGCAUUUGAAAUCGCAGAGAUUCUACGACAACGGUUUCAGCACCGCAUGUGCUUUAAGCUUGCAUGCAUUAGAUGGAAUUGACAGCAUUGUAGCCAUUGGGUCGCUAUUGUUGAAUUGGAAAGUAUCGAAUCAAGAGGACAAGCAAAAGUUAAAAUCUAUACUUUUCAAUGUAAAGGAGUUGAGUAAUAUGGAUGAAAAUGCCAUAUCUAACUGUGUUGAAAGAGUAAAGGAAUUGUCAUUAGUCAAAGGAAAGAAGUUGGCAGUUGAGAUAGCUCUGUUGAUAUUGAAAAAUGAAGUAAUCAAGGACACGGAUUAUGUCGAGAUGUUUAAAGCGUUAAUAAGCUCAAGACUCAAGACGCUGAAUAGCCAGGCUAUUCGACAAAAGAGGUACUUGCUCCCGUAA